AAACCCCUCAGCCACAAGACAUCCACAUAUUGCAUGUUAACCAGAAGAAAAGACAACAUGGAAAUCCACUGCACACUGUUGCCUAUACACUUUGUACAUUUAAUUGAUAUUUGUGCUGAGGUGAUAUUCCUGUCUAAAAGAACAACAUUGUCUUUCUUUUCUAGCACAGAGUGAUGCAUUCAAAUAUGCAGACCUAAUUAGUUUCCUAUCUAUUCAUGCCAUCUUGAAAAGACAGACUAUGGUGUAACCAUGAUUCUAUUAUGUAUUGGUACGUCUGUAGACCAAGGUAUAAUUUUUUAAAAAUAAGUUUAUUUCUUUCAAGGUUUACAAAUAACAAAGGUGCACCUUGUAUUUAAAAUUGCCAUUAUAGAUGAGAGCGUGCAUGCACAGUCAUUUUUGUUUAAGAGUAAUAUUUUUAAUGUAAUAGAUUUUAAGAUGUGGUGAGGGAGGGAUCUGACAGAGAUGAAUGUGCCAAGCAAAACCACAACUGUGUAUCUUUUAAAGCACAUCAUGGCUUUAAGUACCAUGUUGUUAAGGAUUCUCAUGAAGUGCCAUAGACUGUACAUCAAAUUAGAGUAUUAUUUCUUCAGUGUUAUUGUUUUCAGAGCCACAUUUUGUUGCUUAUUUGCUAGUACUAAUCAGUCAAAGGGCACCAUUCUUUUUUUUUUUUUUUUUUUCUUUUUUUUUGGAAACCAAAGCUGUCUCAGAAAUGGCCGAUUUAACUUUACAGUAACAAUAGACAGCACAACACAAACUCUCUCAAUACAGAUAAACUCACACAUACUGGAGAUAUAUAUAAUAGAUAUAUAGAGAAAAUUAUUUUAAUGCAUUGUAGUGUAAUAUUUAUGCAUACUAUACUGUAUAACAUGUUAUUCAAAAGGGAUAUGCCAUUUCUGAGACACGAUAACAAAAAAAAGUUUGAGGAAAUUAUUUUGCUUCUAUUUAUAGCUCUGUCAAAAGUCAAAAGACUCUAAAUGCUUUGCAAAAAUGGUUUCACAUUUGCUUAAAUGCUUCAUCACAGUCACAUUUAAAAUAGUGACUCUAAACAAAGAAGAAAGCAGCACUGUCAUCAGAUGCAUGAUAAACCAAAAUAUGAAAAUGGGAAAUGUUUAAUUAACCUAGUAAUUGGGUGGGUUAAGUACAUGGGUGACUUUUAUAUGUGAUUUGUUUUGUUUUGUUUUGUUCAGAUUUACUGCUUAUAGCCUUAGAAAGCCUUUUACAAAAUUAAAAAAAAAAUAGAUGUGCAUUCAGUUUUUAAGAAUGGAUUCAUCCAAAGGAAUUCCUUUUUUUGUGGUUUGGAUGUUGCAGCUAGUAAAGGAUAUUUUUGCUCUGUUCAGCAGUUCUAAAAAUUGCUGAAGUAGGGGCCAGGUCACUGGUAGUUCUAGUGUGGAAUGGGAGAAGUGAAAGUUCAGUUAUAGAACUUUCCAUACUUCCAAGUUUACUGCAAGUUUUUAUGCUUGAGAGAGAUGCUUUCUAAUAUAAGACUGAUGUGUUGAUUUUACUGAUUGUACUGUACAUCUAUUAAAGCCUUAGAUUAUUACAUUACGGGUUGGAACCCAUACCAAUGUAAUUUCAAUCGUGUUAAGAGAGUAAUGGUGACUCCACAUGUUAUUGUAGUUAGUUACAUUAUAGAAUAUUACUUAUUUUUCUUGUUAAAAUGUAGUUUUUCAUUUCCUACAUUUAUUAGAUUUCAUUUUCUAUUAACAAUUGAAUACCAUUUCAGUUUAUAGACUAUUGUUUUGUUAGAUUUUACCGAUGAAUUUUUCAAAAUACAAAAAAAAAAUUAAAGUAGUUUUUCCUUCAUAACAUACUCAGUUUUGAAUUACAUGUAGUGUCAUAUGAAUAUUCGUAUUGUUAACUAAAUGAUUUAUAUUUUACUGAUUUAAUAUUAAAGUGUAAGAAUGUCAGUCAUUGUUAGUUCUUGUCUAGUUUUCAUUAAAAGAACAAAGAUCUUUUAUAUGGAUAUCUUAUAAAUAUAUAAUCAUUGCUAAGUAAGAAGUUAAGUUGUUGCUAUCGCAACAAUCCUGGCAGACAAUUGAGUAAUAUUUUGAUGAUUUAUUUUGUUUGUAAUUAGUUAUUAUAAGAAGAUCUAGAUCCUAGAUAUUAGAAUAAAAUUUAUUUUCUACUGUAUCCAUUUCAAAUGUUAAAGUAUUGUUUAAUAUUUUUGAAAUCCCUGAAUAUCAGGCCUUGUUAUAAAUAAGCUGCAUAAUCAAUAAAUAGAACAAGGGACUUUUUGUUGAUAAUCCAAAUACUCAAAGUUUACGUAAUGAGAAUUAUAGCGUGUGUGCAAACUCUUGAGGGUUGAUUAUGCUGCAAUUUAGCAUGUUGGAACGUCUAGAGAGAAGGUUGACUUUUUGCACUUCUGUAUAUAGUCAAAAGAGAGAAACCUGUAUAAUAGUAAGAUCUUAUUUUGAAUAAAAACGUCUAUAAUUACAAGGAGUUUUGUUAAGGCUAAUAAAACGACAGACUGAGCAAAAUUGCUUGCAAACGUGGCACAGAGUUAGCACUCCACACCCCUUCAAACAUGUUGCUUUGCUUUUUGUGGACAGCUUGUAGUUUGCCAGGAUUUUUUCAGCUGGAAAGAUAUGCCAUCCUUCCGAGAUCUCAUGACUGACAAAAACUCCAUUGGGCCAAAUCUGCCUGAAGAUCAUUACCAAAAAUAGCAGGUACUUCAACCAUUAAGGUGAAAUCAUGGAUCAAAUAUUCCUUACAUUUUUCAAAACUACUGCAUGUUUAAAACUUCAACAAAACAAAACAAAAAAAGAACUAUACUAAGGACAUAUACUAUUCAAAUCAGUUUCUGCCAAUUUCAGUGGUUUAUUGUUCACACAACAAAAGAAAAAAAUCUUCAAAACAAGCAUUGACUUUCACAAAAUUUAAACCAUAAACAGGCAAACCAAACAGCACACCGUAGCUAUAGUUGUUAUGUGAUUGUUUUUUAAUUGCUGUAGGAUCCUGUUCUUUCAGCAGGUGAAAAAAAAUAAAACACAGUUCAAAUUUCACGGUUUUAAUUUUCAACUCAGAAGCACUCAAAAAAGCAAAUGUGAUAAUGGGCACUUGUUUAAUGAAUUAGCAUAGCCAGCCUUCACUCCAGCUGGUGAUAAUGUUGCACUUAUCAGCAACCCUACCGCUUUCAUCUGCUGAAAGGACAGAUGUGCUUGGUUUUACUAUUAUGUAAUCACAACUUACUUUCUGCUUGUAGUUGCUUAAAAUUAUGUAUUUUGUCUUGGGCUGCAAUUUGUUUUAUGCUUAUUUUAUUAUUACUGCAGUAGUUGACUUUGCUGUAUGGAAAAAUAAAGUGAAAUUGCCCUAAUAAAACUUCUCUUUCUUAAGUA